AUGGCAACAACCAUGUCCACUAUUUUGUAUCCACAGGUGACUGACAGAGAUUGGGGCUCGAGGAAUAGAUUGCAACCUUUGAACACCACAAUUUCUUUUGAAGGCUCAGUGCCAGCUACCAGGAUUAGGUUGGCAGAUGUGCCGUUGAAGGUCUCAAUCACACUGCCGCAGGAAUGUGCUGGAAUAACCCCAUUGGUGAACUUAGGGCCUCUAGACUUUAUGUAUUGUGGCAGAAGUUUACCGUCAGUGCUCUGCUCACGUCAAGAGGAAAUGCAAGAGCUGAAGAUUCCCUUGUCUUUCUUACCCUUUCACCCAAACUUCAAUCCCUACAAUACGCAGUCGUGGGUCAGGCUAAUGAAUAGUGUGCAGCGUUGGCUGCUCACUGAAGUUGUCAACAGGCAAUCUCUGGAAUGGGUGUGGGGUCGCAAAGCUUUUUGGAUGGCUUAUGUGGCGGCUUAUCCCAGAUUUCCUUACAGCCAAUGGACUCAUUGGAGCCCAAUUAUUUCCCCCAAAGGCUGUUUUUUGCAGGAUUGGUUAGCCAAGAGGGAUGUGGUAGUUUUGGGUGAGGAUACCUUGGUAUUUGGUGACGACACAGACUACAUAUCUGCAAGGUGUGCAAUCUGGGGGAGAUUGCAAGAACUGAUUUCUUUAAUUUACGAUGGGAGUAUUGUCACUACCAGUACCUAGUUGAUUGUUCUCAUGUACUCUUCAUACCAUCAUGCAUUUGGUUGUUGCUUUCGCUGUUCCAAAAAAUAUAAUGUGUUCAUGAUUGUUAUUAUAU